ACAACUACCACAGAGGGUCCAACAACAACCACAGCUGCUCCCACUACAACCACAGCUGUCCCAACAACAACAACAGCUGCUGCCAUUACAACCACAGCUGAACCUAUAACUACAACAGCUGCUCCCACUACAACCACAGCUGCUCCCACUACAACCACAGCUGCCCCUAAAACUACCACAGAGGCUCCAACAACAACCACAGAGGCUGCAACAACAACCACAGCUGUUCCCACUACAACCACAGCUGUCCCAACAACUACCACAGAGGCUCCAACAACAACCACAGCUGCUCCCACUACAAGCACAGCUGUCCCAACAACUACAACAAAAGCUCCCACUACAACCACAGCUGAACCUACAACUACACCAGCUGCUCCCCCUACAACCUCAGCUGUCACAACAACAACCACAGAGGCUCCAACAACAACCAUGGCUGUUCCCACUACAACCACAGCUGCCCCAACAACUACCACAGAGGCUUCAACAACAACCACAACUACCACAGAGGCUCCAACAACAACCACAGCUGCUCCGACUACAACCACAGCUGCGCCAACCACCACCCCAGCUGCCCCUACAACCACCACAGCUGCUCCCACUACAACCACAGCUGCCCCCACAACUACAACAGAGGCUCCUACAACUACAUCAACUGCACCUACAACUACAACAGCUUCUCCCACUACAACCACAGCUGUUUCCACUACAAUCACAGCUUCUCCCACUACAACCACUGCUUCUCCCACUACAACCACCACGGAGACUCCAACAGCUCCAACAUCUUCUCCCACUACAAACACAGCUGCUCCCACUACAACCACAGCUGUUCCCACUACAACCACAGCUUCUCUCACUACAACCACUGCUUCUCCCACUACAACCACUGCUUCUCCCACUACAACCACAGCUGCCCUUACAACUACCACAGCUGCUCCAACAACAACCACAGAUGCUCCCACUACAACC